GCCCUAGACGACAUGCGUUGCUCAAUGUGCAAGGAAUCUAAAAAGCGCCUGGUUGUUUCGAUCUUGACAAAAGAACUAGCUUUUUCCAGUUUCUCAGUAUAGUUCCUGAUACACAACUUUACCCCAGAUCUUAGUCUUCAAGCUGUUCUCGGCGCGACAUAUUUGUCACAUACUAUAUCCAAGAGAAUACGUUUUACAUACUCAGGGGAUUAACGUAAGUGAUGCACAUUCGGAAAACACUUUUUCCUUAUUUUCUUGCAUGUGGACUUUAACAUGAUAAUCAGUGCUGCUCAGUCCAUGAUAAUUAAAUAACAUUCUGGGGGUGGUUACAUUGAAGAUUAGAACUCUCACUUCUGUCGAGAGAGGCGCAGAUUCACUUGACAGUGAAAUACAGCUGUAUUAAACCGCCGCCCGGUUAGCUCCAGGUGGAUAAAAAUACCGGUCUACUGAGCGGGAAUCCGCGGUUUCAAACCCCGGCCAGACCAAUUGUCGAUCAGGAUCUUUAAAUAACUGACGAGAAGUGCUGCCCGAUGUCAUCUACAAACGGUUAGACUUUCUAGUAUUCUUGGAAUUUAAAAAAAACCUGUAGGUCCCCUCUCACGGUCCUUGUUCAUAUAAAAUGCUGUGGGAAGUUAAAGAACCUAAACACUGUAAAGAGUAGACUGAGUAGGGGACCCAUUUACCUUCCAAACGGAUUUCUCGAAAGCUUCUUGAAAAUGGUAAACUUUGAAAUGAGCAGACGUUAUUGUGAAAGCAAUUUCAAUCCAAUAUGUACAUACACAGAGUGUUCCUCAAUAACUCAAAAUGGUGGAGCUAUUAUUACCUCAAAUUACUUUGAAAGCCGCAAAGCUUUCUACAUUCUAGUUAAUAGUGGAUCAACUCUUUUAACCCUUACAAAUUCUUCAAACUGGUCUCUAUACAUUUCUUAAAAGGAUAAGUUGAGAGAAUUUGAUAAAAGAUCAAAGCAUUUUCUCUUGGGUGAUAAUUUUAUUAAUUCAAAAAACCUAAUCUCUUGACCUUGUAUGGAUAUUGUGAGUCAGAAGAAAAUUGAUGUUGGUCACUAUUGGGACUUAAAGGGUUAAAACAAGUAAAAAGAAAUAAUCUGUUUUUUGUUAGUUUAAUUUGCUCAUAUGUUUGGCAUUUCCUAUGCUUAAAAAUGUGAAUCAUUGUUUCACAUUUGUCUUUAAAUUCACUACCGAAAUGAAUUACUUUGAGUGAGUUUCAUCUUCCCUUUUAUCCCGCUUUUACCUCCCGUUCUUUCAUUCAAACCGCUAAAAACAUAGAACAAACAAUUUUGUCGUCGUUUUGACCUUAACAUGCUAAUUUCGUGUACUUUCGGUUAGGUGAUGUUUACUUCCGGUCAAAAUGGCGGCCAUUUUAGUAAUACUCCAAAAACCGGUUUAACAGGAAAAAUUUGCGAUGGCACCAUAUUACAUAUUAAUAGCCACGAUUAGUUUAUAUAAUAAACACUUUCAUCGUCAUUUUGGCUUAAAAAAGUGCUUAAUUCUGUGUACUUUCGGUUAGAUGAUAUUUACUUCCGGUCAAAAUGGCGGCCAGUUUAAUUUUCACUCCAAAAACCAGUUUAACAGGAAAAAUUUGCGAUGGCACCGUAUCACAUAUUAAUAGUCAUAAUUAGUUCUAUCAUUCCUGAAAAUUUGGUGCUUUUAACAAAAAGUGAACAAUCCGGCCCCAAAUCUGCACAUAUCUGCCCCACUAUCGUGACUGACCUUUUUUAUUAUAAAUAUGGUUCUUUUUCACUUCAACUUUUCGUAAUAAAUCUUAAGCCGUCUACACACCACCUGCCUCGAUUAGCCUUGCUAUUUGCAGGUGGUGUAAUAUUUGUAUAUUUAAUGUAAGAAAUAAAGAUGUUGUUGAAAAUUGAAAAAUAGUGGCCGUGAUGGGGAAGUAGGGGUGUGAUAUGAGAUCUCUCUAAUUUUGUCAGGGAGUACAACAUGUUUUUUUGUUGCAAGUUUAUGCUUACUGUAGCCUAUAAUGGUAAUCCAAUCAUAAACAUUUUACAUAUAUAAAAUACUCAAUAAAACUUAAAUUAUUUUUUUGAAUUAAAUGAUAAUAAGACAAAAUGAGUUCACAAGGUCAGCCCCACCGUGGGGCAUUGGCAGAUUUUCCAAAAUAAAAUAACAAAUGCCCAUGCAACAAAUGCCUGGGGGGAUGGGCAUGCCUGGAAUUGACUGAGCCAUUAUCUCGUAAAGUUGCCUUUGAUUAAUGGCUUGGUAUAUUACAUCAUAUUUUGCUAUUCUUGCAGACAGUCCUUUUGUUUGGCCACUAUUUCCAUAAAUCUAAACCCCUUGCUUACUAACAGAUAGAAGGACAAAGGACCUUCAAUAAGCUCUUUCAUUGAGCGAUCGGUAACCCAACGACCUUUUUUCCCUAAUAUUUAGUGUCCUCAAAGAGUGAUUGUCCUCAGAAGGAGCCGGUUUACAGACGUGCAGAAAUGAUCUUACAAUCCCUGGCACUGACAGGAGAACAACUUACCAAGAAAAACAGAGGUAAUCAUUUAACAAGGCUGUUGCUUGAGAUUUUUCAGGCCAUUUCCAAGUCUCUGUUUCAAAGCGAGGCUAACUGCCAAGCCGUCAAAUCCUGGCAUUUUUGGGAUCGCUCAUGGGAAGUUCGACUGUAUUUUAUUUUACUGUUAGGCUUUACAGCCUUCAAAACCUCCAAUUGCCCAUCCAUGUCUUUUUUUGUAUUUGCUUUGUUAUUUGAACCUUUCUUUACUUUUUUUUCUCUCUGUUUUGUGACUACUUUUCAGUGGCUGAAUUUGUGUAAAUUCAAUAACAGCUCUUUCAAUUGUAUCCGUUAUCUUCUUCAGAAAUCGAGCAUUUGUUAAAGGAGCAAGACAAGAGGAUCAAAAAGUGUCGCAAGAACGAGAACAACAUCCAGGCUUUACUGCUGUGACGUUUUGAAACGAAGUUUCCGAACUCCAACGCUAUCUUGACACGGCUUUGACAAGUGUACAGAGAAUACAGGCUUUCCUGUCGGUAGUCUUGCUGUAGCUAGGAGCCUUGGAGCCACUCCCAUACUCUCCUGACUUUAAUUUGAUAAGCUACACGUCUUAGUCUUGUGAGGCGCGAGGGGGUAGCCUUCAAAACUUCAGGGAUUCCCUUUCCCCAAAGCCUGUGAGUUACGUGGCUUGCUUUUUUGUGUUUAAUCUUUUUUCAGUGACAAGAAAAGUAGUGAAAUCAACAUGUACAUAAAAGAUCUAUCUAUAAAGGAUUUUAUCACAUUUUUACAGUUAACUUGUAUUUUUU